GAGAGAGAGGAGGGGAGGGGGCAGAAUACUUUGUGCAGCUUGUCAGAGAGUAAAAUCCUCCCAGAAGAGAGAGAGAGUGUGGGUAAGAGAUCAGUUCACCAGCACUGCUGCUACAACACUCUGCAAAGGAUCUGCCACUUCCCCAAGCACCACAGAGAACCAACGCUGGACAAAAACCUGCUAACCCGUGGAGCGUUAAGCUGCUCCUAACGUGCUGCACAGUGGAGCUCCUGGAGGGACGCAGCAACAGGGACGAGACGGAGGGAGGCAGGGCAAAGCGACAGCCGGGCUGCAGCCUGACACACAGACAGAGCCAGGGGAAUGGACCAGGGAUUCUGCUGGAGCAGACAACACACAGCAGCAGUCCAGCCCCAGGAGGAGCAGGGCUGAAGCCCCCCGGCAGCAUCCCAGCUUCCCCUUGAUGACCAUGAAUGGAGACGUCCUCUAAGACUCUGAGAGCCCAGAGGCAGCUUUAGCCGCUCGCUGGAGGAGCACAGGGAGGAGGAGGAGGAGGGGGAGGUGCAGGCCACAGCGGACGUCGCUCCGCUAGAGGAGCGCCAGGACAGCCAGGGACGGGGAAGCGAGGAGGAAGAGGGAGAGGCGGAGGAGGAGGAGCAGGGUUUUGGAGCGGGAGGCGUAGGGGGUGGAGGAGCGGUGGCGGGUGGCGGGGGUCGUAUGGCGGCCCGGAGGCUGGUCGUGGCGGCGGUGGCGGUGGCGUUACUCUCCCUAGUCCUCAACAACGUGGCGGCCUUCACGCCCAGCUGGGUGCUGCAGAGGCUGGAGGACGGACGCAAGCGGAGCGUGGGGCUCUGGAAGAUGUGCCCCGGCGGAGGGGAGAGGGUGCGGGACGAGCCCCAGGCCGGGAGGGGGGGCCAGGGGCCACAGAGGCAGUGUGAGGGCCUGGGAUGGGGCUCGGAGCUAGCAGGAUACCAGGAGUCCCGCAGCACCGUAAAACUGCAGUUUGACAUGAUGCGGGCCUGUAACCUGAUGGCCACGGUGGCGCUGACGGCGGGCCAGCUGGUCUACCUGCUGGGGCUGCUGGAACUACCCUUCAUCAGCCAGGACUCCCAGUGGUGGGAGGAGGCCAUCGCUGCACUCUUCCAGCUCGCCAGCUUCGUGCUGGUCAUCGGCCUGGUGACGUUCUACCGCAUCGGGCCGUACACACACCUGUCCUACUCCUGCUACCUGGACAUCGCCGCCUGUCUGCUCACCACUCUAGCUGCCGCCAUGCUCAUCUGGAACAUUCUGCAUCGCCGUGACGACUGCAUGGCGCCCAGGGUCAUCGUCAUCAGCCAGAGUUUGGCAGCGCCCUUCCACCCCCGACUGGACAACGACUAUGUUGAGUCGCCCUGCUGAGCGGAACAAGCCCCGCCCCCUUGGGGAUCGGCCAUGUUUAAUGGCCCAUGGAGCCGUGGCUCCUAGAACAGCACUGCCGGCAGACGGCCCAGUCCACAUAUAGCACAUACAGCGUAGAGCUCUGCUCCUUCAGGGUUCACUAACUCUUUCUUCAGGUUCAUGAGGAGAUUUUCCAAUUAGUGGCACAUGAAAAGAAGCAAUGCAAUCCCAGCUGAUUUGAAUUCUUCAGUUCAGCGAGAAACAAAAUCAGACCAACCAGUAGGAAUAAUCGGAUUAGAAUUGGAGAUCACUCUGUUUUGGCGUGUUUUCCUGAAUCUCAUUAAGGUAUGAAAGUGCUUGUUUGUGGGGGGGGGGGGAAUGAAGGAACCUUUGUUGCCAUGACGACAUGACUCUUUGACAAGCAAGGUGUGGCUAAGCUGUUGAGCAGCUUCAAUUUGGGACCGAAGAUGUAAAGACAUGAACUACUUUCUACUGUAGGCCUUCAGCGCUAGAUUCUACACACCACCAGUUGUCCCACUGGGGCGUGGCCGGAACAGACUGGGGGGCUAUGGAACAUGACUGUAGUCCCUGAGAAGGUGGAUAUCAAGCUGGAUCUUGAGGCUCAUGUAAAGUUAUACCCCUACUGCCUGGCGCUACCCUGUCUUUGGAGUCAGUUUAUAUUGUUGAGGAUUAGCAUCCCUUCAGCUACAUACAUAGCUUUAGCAUACCACUAUGACUGCAUGCUUGUUAAAGCUUAUAGAUUGGAGAAUAAAACUGCUUCUAAACAGAGAUACCAAAAUACCUCAAUAGUUUCAUUGAGCCCAGGACUCCUGCGAUCUGAAAGUUGUAGACAGAAAGUUAUCUACAAUGUUUUAGAACCUAUACUUCAAGGCUCAACCUCUCUGGCCUAGUCCCGUUUUAUCCCUCACAUUUCUUCCGAACACAUACCAAAGAUUGUGAUGAUAGAUUUGGUAAAUUGAAGGCGAUUGAAGACAAACAGACAAAGAUUUUAAUCGAUCACAGAUGAGUGGUUGGGUGCAUAAUUAUUUAGGUAAUAUAUUUUAGUACACUCAACCCUAAGUUGUGGGAUGGCAAAAACCAUGUUUUGAUACUGAAGUACAUUAUUGGUGAUGACUCAAUUCUGCUCGCUUGUGGUACAUGGAAUUAAAUUAAGAAUAGUGCUAUUGUUAUUAUUUUUAUUAAGGUUAUGGGUAUUAUACUACACAUGAAUAACUGCCCAACAUAGGCAUACAUAAAAAUAAUGUAAUAUAUCUUACCAAUAAAUCAAUACAAGUUCCCAUGGGAAAA